AUGGAGCUGAAGAAGGACAGCCCGAGCGUGGCCAUCGACAUGCUGCUGAUCGUGCAGCCGGAGCCGCGGCGCGCGGAGCCGCAGGCCGAGCCGGGCGCGCUGCAGCCGCGCCCCGCAGGAUUCCCGAGUGUCACCAGUGAAAUCCAGAGAUGGCAGAGAUUGGAAGGCAAAGACCCACAUGGCACGCAGGUGACCGUGGAGAUCCACGCUCGAGACACCGUGCCCCAGCUGCUGCAGAAGUUCUCCUUGGCCAAAUGUUUACACAGCGACAAAAAUGGAAACACGAGGCCCCGGCAGCCUGGAACGAAAGACGCCAUGGCCUACCCCUGGGAUCGGUCCAGCCUGAAAUCCCUGACGCUGGACCUGCAGCAGUUUGAGAAACUGGACGCCUACGCGUCCCAGGUGACCGUCAAGAGUGGCCUGAACGAACUGGUGAGUGACCUGCUCCAGGAGGCCCACAGUGACCUGGAGCGGGUUCGAGCCAUCUGGAUCUGGAUCUGCCACCAUAUCGAGUACGACAUCGAGGCUGCGCAGGACAAGAACUGCCAGGUCUUCAAGCCCACCGAGAUCCUGCGGACCCAGAAGGCCAACUGUGACGGCUAUUCCGGGCUCUUCGAGAAAAUGUGCAGGGUCGCGGGAGUGCAGUGCCUCACGGUGCCCGGCUAUUCCAAGGGCUUCGGCUACCAGAUGGGCCAGAGCUUCUCGGGGGAGUUCGACCACGCCUGGAACGCCGUGUUCCUGGACGGCCGCUGGCACCUGCUGGACAGCACCUGGGGCAGCGGCCUGGUGGACGCCGCCACCUCCAAGUUCACUUUCCUGUACAACGAGUUCUACUUCCUCACCCACCCGGCGCUCUUCAUCGAGGACCACUUCCCCGACAACAAGAACUGGCAGCUGCUCAAGCCCCCGCAGUCGCUGCACCAGUUUGAAAACAACAUGUACCACAAGAGCGAGUUCUACAACAAGGGGCUGCUCAGCGCCCGCCCGGAUGUCCCGGUGAUCAGAACAGUGAACGGGAAGGCCACGAUCACCGUGGAGAGCUGCGCGCCCACGCCCUUCAUGUUCAUGCUCAACGGCAAGCAGGAGCACGGGCUGCUGAGCCUGCGCAAGAACGGGAUGAAGCUGGACGUGUACCCCCCCACCAUGGGCACGCACAAGCUGCAGAUCUUCGCCAAGGGCCGCACCGACGUGUACAGCUCGGUGCUCGAGUACACGCUGCAGUGCAACUACGUGGACGCGGGUGUGCGGCUGCCGGCCGAGCUGCACCAGCCCGUGGGCCCCAGCUGGCUGUCGGAGCAGCUGGGCAUCGCCAAGCCCUCGCACCGCGACCCCGUCAUCCACACGCGCGACGGCCGCUGCGCCGUCAGCUUCGGCGUGGACGAGGGCCUCAGCGUGCUGGCGUCCCUGCACGGCGACAACGGGCCGGGCACGGAGGAGACGCAGCGGCGCUACAUCUUCCAGCUGCGGCGCGAGCAGCGCACCGAGCUCCGCGUGCAGCUGCCGCACGCCGGCAAGUUCGCGCUCAAGAUCUUCGUCAAGAAGCGGCAGGACGCGGGCAACUACGCGUUCGUCCUCAACUACCUCGUGUGCUGCAGCAACAGCAAGGUCAGCUGGCCCGUGUUCCCCGAGAGCUUCGGCAACUGGGGCCCCGGCAACGAGCUGCUGGAGCCGCUGUCCGGCGUGCUCCCAGCCAACCGCCACGUGCCCUUCAAACUGAAGCUGCACGGGGUGGCCAAGGCCCUGGUGAAGGGGCAGGACACGUGGCCCCUGACCCUGAACAGCGACGGCUACUGGGAGGGCAGCUACAGCACGGCCGGGUGCCAGGAGGUGUACGUGAUGGUGCUGGAGAACGCCAACCACAGCUUCUACUCCUACAUCCUCAAGUACCAGGUGGGCGCCCAGUGACGGGCGCCCCGGCCCCGCCUCGCUCCCCCUGCUCGGCGCCCCGCAAGGCUUUCCUCCAGCCGGCCGGUGGCCCAGGGGACAGGGGCAAAGGCCCUUCGGGAAGAAAAAGGUGCUAUGUAAACCCGCGGUAUUGUGAACGCGGCCCUGACGGUGCCCUUUCUCGUCUCAGAGCUUCGUUGUCAAGGGUCCAGGGGGAAACUGGCUGGACGCGGUGUCCUGGAGAGGGGGCAGGAGCCCGGGAGCCCCUCCAUGAGUGUGUCUAUGCUUCUCCCUGACUCCUGGGCGCCAGGAGGGGGAUGCCACUGCCUCAAGCCCUGGGCCUCGGGAUCCUGCCACUUCCUGCCCCCCCCCCAGCCCCCCACGGGGGGCUGAGCGGCAGCUGCUGCCUGUUCUCCUCGGGCCUCCUAGGAGGGGCGUGAGGAGGGCCUGGCACCUGAGUCUGAAGGAGUCAGACCCCAACAGUGCCCAUCAGCGGGGGGAGGGGGGAGACGGCGCCUCCCACAGGGAGCCCCAAGGGGCCUUCUCCAGUCGGGGGGAGUGCAGGAGCCUCUCAUAAGGGCCUCGGGCAUCAAGGUCACAGUUGGGGGUGUCCACCUGCCAGGAAGCAGCUACCCAGAGCCCCACACGGCAGUUCAGAAGGCCCCUUGUGCCAGCAGCCCCUCCCCCAGUGGUUCCCAGGCCCUGUCCCCAUGGCCCCCCGGGCACACUGACUGAGGAUGGUCCCAGUGGGGGUUGGCAGAGAAGCCCCCUAGCACCGCAGCACCACCCAGCAGGACCCAGGCAUGACUCCUGGCUCGCCCGUCCUCCAGCUCUCAGCUGUCCCCAGAGCCUCCUCAUGCCACCUCACCUUGGUGCCACCAAGGCCCCAGCAGCAGCCCCCAGACCCAGCCUGGCACUUCAGCCCUCUGUCCCUUGAGGUUCCUCGGGGGCCUGGAUCUCGUCCCCCUGACCCAGUACCCACUCUCCAGUCCCUAGGGGCACCGUGUUGUUCACCCCUGACAGAUGCACAGAGGCCCCCCCGGGCUGCCACACAGGGGAAUGGGCAGAGUUUGCACCCCGGGAACAGCUUUUGCUCACACCCUUGACUGCAGGGACUGUGCACCAUCAAAACACUAAGCGCUUUUGGUGUUUAAAAACUUACCCAUGGGGGGCUGGAGCAAUAGCACAGUGGGUAGGGCAUUUGCCUUGCACGCGGCCGACCCGGGUUCGAUUCCCAGCAUCCCAUAUGGUCCCCUGAGCACUCAGGGGUGAUUCCUGAGUGCAGAGUCAGGAGUGACCCCUGUGAAUCGCCGAGUGUGACCCCCCCCAAAAAAAAUAAAAGCAAAAAGAAAAAAAGUCACCCAUGGGCCCAGCGCAGAGAUGCGGCCGUUUCUGAGGGACCCAGCCCUGUAGGCGAUGCAGUUCAUGCACACGCGCUGUGGUGUGUAGGGGGUGCGCGGCCAGGGACCCCUCGGCUCCCGCAGCCCCCUGGCCCCACACUGCUAACCAGCACCCUUAGGAAAGACAACUGGGGGACACAGAAAACCACCUGCGUCUCUUGUCGUGAAGUAAAAAUACACGAAAUGUAAUGCAGUCCUCCUGAAUCCUCACACACAUGCUGCUGGGUUGGAAACUCGAGGUUGCUUUUGGAAACCAGCAACUCAAAACCCUCAUCUUUGUUUCCUGGGCAGGGACCCCGGCGGCUGGAGGCAGGGCACGGGCGCCGCCUGCUGGCCAAGUGCGGCGUUUCCGCGCUGCCAACCUUCCAGGGCUGAGUCUGUCUCCAGGGCUUUUUUUUUUUUUUAUAAGCUGAAUUCGAGACGCUUCCUGAGAUGUUUAUGUUAAAAGUCACUGGGUGCUUUCUCAUGGCUUCUCGGCGCUUUCUCGUGUGAACUUGGGGCCCAUAUUUGUCACGCACCAGCUGUGAGGUGGGCUUGCAGGGCUGCCGCUGGAUGGGACUGGGGAGUGUUUGGCCAGAAAUUGUGCUUGAACAGAAGCAAGGAGUAGGGCUGGGCGGGACCGCGCUGACCGCUCUGUCAGGGACACGUGAUGGAACGUGGUGGAGUUUAAGGACUUUAUCUGAAGAACGAUAGCACAGCGGGUAGGACACUUACCUUGCACGCAGCCGACCCGGGUUCGAGUCUUCCAUCCCUCUCGGAGAUACCGAGAGUAUCCCGCCCACACAGCAGAGCCUGGCAAGCUACCCAUGGCAUAUUCGAUAUGCCAAAAACAGUAACAAGUCUCACAAUGGAGACAUUACUGGUGCCCGCUCGAGCAAAUGGAUGAGCAACAGGAUGACAGUGACAGUGACAGUAAUCUGAGGAUGGCAGUGGUGAGGCCACAGGCAGGAGGUGCAGGAAAAGGGGGAGGAUGGGGAACUCUGGGGGGUGGAGAGGCCAGGGCAGGCCGCCGGGCACUUAACCUCUUUCUAGCUCCUUCUGUAAGGCCCCUGCACAGCUGGACACCAUCGCCAAUCUGACGGCGGCGGCCCUGUGAGUUCCCCACACAUGCCCAGGACAUCCCCAGCCAGCCUGCUGGACUCUGGGGACGUGGAUAGCCCAAGGCAUCAGCUGGACGUCAAGAACAAGGGUCAGCAGGAGACGCCUCGCCAAGAGAGCCUGUGAAGUUCUCUCCUCUAAAGACUUGAGGAGGGGGACGGUAUCCCCAGAGGUCUAGGAUUUGGGGGGGGGGCGCACAGUCUUUCCAAACCAGCGAGUUCCUGACACGCAGCCAACGGGCUGCAGCUGAAGCAACUGGACAGUGUGGCUCUGGGCCAGACCCGCUUUCAUGGGGACAGGGCUGGGGACGGUCCUGAGG